UUACAGAAUGUGGUACCAGAUUCUUCAAAAUCCUGUGGACCAUAUAAGCGGCUUGAAAAAGUUUCAUUUGAAGAAGAGACCAUUUCUCAAAAAAACAUUCGUAAUCAUGAUACUAUUGGUAUGGUUGUAAUUGGUAAGAAUGGAACCGUUGUUUCUGGGACAUCUACCAAUGGUGGCGUCCACAAAAUUCCGGGCCGUGUUGGAGAUUCUCCAAUAGCUGGAGCAGGAUCCUAUGCUGAUAGCACAGCUGGAGGAGCUGCAGCUACUGGAGAUGGUGACACCAUGAUGCGUUUCUUACCCAGCUAUCAAGCAGUGGAGUAUAUGAGGAUGGGAACAGACCCGACAGUAGCCUGUCAGAAAGUUAUUUCCAGGAUUCAGAAGCAUGUUCCAAACUUCUUUGGUGCUGUUAUAUGUGCCAAUAUAACUGGAAGUUAUGGUGCUGCAUGUAAUAAAAUUCCAGGAUUCACUCAGUUUCACUUCAUGGUUUUUAGCCCUUUGCAAAGUCAGCCUGCUGAGCAAGUAGUAGAUUGCAUUUAAUUUCUUUUACCCUAUUGACAUCUAAACUUAGAGGGGGAAAGUGCUAAUAUUCCCAAGGUAUCACUUUUUAAAAUAUUUCUUUAAUUUUGUUGUUUUGAAAUCAUGUGAACAAGUACAAAUAUAUGUUGAUGUGGAUGCUUUUCUGUUUUUAAUAUGUUCUUUUUCAUAUUGUGUAGUGCUGUUAAACUUAAGCUGUAAUUUUUUCAUCUCAUUAAUUUGCCAAAUUAUUUCUAAAUGAUUUCAGGGAGGUAUUUGAGAGCAAGAUUUAAAAAAAAAAUAGACUCUGUGCACUUUAAGGAAAGUGGAUAAAACUGCAAAAUUAUUUUUAGCGCUGGCACGUUCACAGUUAGUAUGGAAGGAUUCUGCUUUAUUUAAAAAUCAACAUUUAAGUGAAAUGGCUGAAAUUAAUGUGUCUCACUACUGAAAUCACUUAAGUCAGGAAUUUAAUAGACGUUACCUUACAUCUCAACUCUUUUUUGCAAACCUAACAGUUAAACUGUGGUUCUCAGUACUGCACGAAGUUAUCUAUUGUAUAUUCGCUUCCAAAUAAUGCCACGUUUCAUCCAUUUUUUGGGGAAGUAGAGAUUUGGUCAUUGGAAAAAGACUUUCAAAAAAGGCUCAUAAAGUAGACAAGUAAUCGUACGGCAUGUACAGAGAUGAAGUGUCUAACAGCUUUUCUACUCUAUCUGCUUUCUUAAGAGCUAAAUAAACAAAAGUGAUCUAUAAUAACACUAUCUAGACAUUCACUUUUCCAUUUAAAAACAAGUAUUUGGCAGAAAUCUGGAAUAAAGGGCAGGGAGGAGAAAGGGCUCUGCAUGUACACAGGAGAUUUAUUUAAAGAAUGUUUAAUUGUUUUUCUGAGAUUUAGUCCUGGUUUUCCUUUCUCUUGAAAAGAAAAUUACAUGCAAAUGUUAGCAAGGAAGGAAAGAGAAUUGAAGAGUAGUGGUGAAGAUUUUGAAGUCUCAAUUAAAAGAUUGAGAAAUGAGAGAACUUUUUUUGAGAAUAGCUGAAAAUGUCUUUGGAUGAAGAGGAAAUCCAGUUAGUACACGUUUUCAAGGAGUGUUGAAAUCUACUGAUAGUAAAUGGGAUGUGAGAUUGAUUUUCCACAUUGCAAAUUAAAUUAUGAAUCUUAAUCACAGUGAUUUGUCACAAGUGCGCUGUGUGUUUACAUUUCCCUAUAGCACCUUACCACUGCAAACAUGGAGUUGCUUACCUAAAGCAUGGUAGUUUAAAAAAAA